AUGGUGAAUGCCACAGCCAGAAAACCCCAAGAUCUGAUGGCAAUUCGUUUCAUCCAGGGCUAUUUUGAAUCUUGCGUCUUCGCAGGAACACAGUAUAUCCUGGGAUCAUGGUACACAAAGCAAGAACUCGGAAGAAGGACGGGUCUAUUCACGGCGAGCGGCCUUGCUGGUGGCAUGUUUGGUGGAUUCCUUCAAACGGGAAUAUACUCAUCCAUGGAUGGGCUUCGAGGACUUGAAGGAUGGAGAUGGCUGUACAUUAUCUGUGGCAUUAUCGGUCUACCUGUUGCCAUGUUUGGCUAUUUCUUUUUCCCUGAUACCCCUCACACAACUUCGGCCUUCUACCUGACAGAGGAGGAAAAACAGCUCGCGCGAGAGCGCAUGCCAAUCAUGGUUGAAAGCGAGUCGAUUCUUUCCAUAGCUUUCGUCAAACAAGUACUCUCUUCGUGGUACUUUUACGGCUUUUGUAUGCUUUGGAUUCUCGGCAAUUGCUCAGAAUCCCAGUCCAGUCAAUCCCUCAUGAAUCUUUUCAUGCAAGCCCUUCCCGACAAGAACUAUUCUGUCAGUCAGCUCAACAACUAUCCCACCGGUGUGCAAGCCGUGGGAAUUGUUAGCACACUCGUAUGGGCACUGGGUACCGAUAUAUGGGGAGGACGCUGGGCGUCUGGCUACUACGUUGCCGUCACUGCAAUUGGCAACGCGGUGAUCCUUAUUACCCCAUCCUCUACCGUUGCUGCCAAGUUUGGCGCAUACUACUAG